UGUCUGAGCUAGUCCUCGGGCGGGAGGCGGAGGCGCCGCGGGAGUGAUCCCUGGGCCCGGCCGCAGUGGCCGGCGCGGCCUGCCCUUUGUGCCCGCUGCCUGAGUCCUCGACCCGCACCGCCGCGCCGGGCUCCCGGCCGCGCGCCCGCCUGCGCAACACUCCCGCGCCUGGGAUGCGCCGGGAAUGCGCGCCCGCCGGCCCUACGGCUGCUCGCGGCUGGGCGCGGGGCGAUGGACCUGGGCAUGAAGAAGUUCACGGUGCGCAGGUUCUUCUCCGUGUACCUGCGCAAGAAGUCGCGCUCCAAGAGCUCCAGCCUGAGCCGGCUCGAGGAAGAAGGUAUUGUGAAGGAGAUCGACAUCAGUCAUCAUGUAAAGGAGGGAUUUGAAAAGGCAGACCCUUCCCAGUUUGAACUGUUAAAGGUUUUAGGACAAGGAUCGUAUGGAAAGGUGUUUCUGGUGAGGAAGGUCACAGGGUCUGAUGCUGGACAGCUCUAUGCCAUGAAGGUCCUUAAGAAAGCCACCUUGAAAGUCCGAGACCGAGUCAGAUCAAAGAUGGAGAGAGACAUCUUGGCUGAAGUAAAUCACCCUUUCAUUGUCAAGCUCCAUUAUGCCUUUCAGACAGAAGGGAAGCUCUACCUGAUCCUGGACUUCCUGCGUGGCGGAGACCUCUUCACCAGGUUGUCCAAAGAGGUUAUGUUCACUGAGGAGGAUGUCAAGUUCUACCUGGCAGAGCUGGCCCUGGCUCUGGACCACCUGCAUGGCCUGGGGAUCAUCUACAGGGAUCUGAAGCCUGAGAACAUCCUGCUGGACGAAGAGGGGCACAUCAAGAUAACAGAUUUCGGCCUGAGCAAAGAGGCCAUCGACCAUGACAAGAGGGCCUACUCGUUCUGCGGGACCAUCGAAUACAUGGCACCUGAGGUGGUGAAUCGGCGUGGACAUACACAGAGCGCCGACUGGUGGUCCUUUGGCGUGUUGAUGUUCGAGAUGCUCACUGGAUCCCUGCCAUUUCAGGGGAAGGACCGGAAGGAGACCAUGGCCCUCAUCCUCAAAGCCAAGCUGGGGAUGCCACAGUUCCUUAGCGUGGAGGCCCAGAGCUUGCUGAGAGCCCUUUUCAAGAGGAACCCCUGCAACCGACUGGGCGCCGGUAUUGAUGGAGUGGAGGAAAUUAAGCGUCACCCUUUCUUUGUUACUAUCGACUGGAACAAGCUCUACCGGAAGGAGAUCAAGCCACCUUUCAAACCCGCAGUGGGAAGGCCCGAGGACACCUUCCACUUUGACCCUGAGUUCACGGCACGGACACCCACAGACUCACCUGGUGUCCCCCCUAGUGCCAAUGCGCAUCAUCUGUUCAGAGGAUUCAGUUUUGUGGCCUCCAGCCUGGUCCAGGAACCCUUGCAGCAAGACUUGAACAAGGCUCCUGUUCACCCGAUUGUGCAGCAGCUGCACGGGAACAAUAUCCACUUCACUGACGGCUAUGAGAUCAAGGAGGACAUCGGGGUGGGCUCCUACUCGGUAUGCAAGCGAUGUGUGCACAAAGCCACCGAUGCUGAGUAUGCUGUGAAGAUCAUCGAUAAGAGUAAAAGAGAUCCCUCAGAAGAGAUCGAGAUCCUCCUGCGGUAUGGCCAGCACCCCAACAUCAUCACCCUCAAAGACGUGUAUGAUGAUGGCAAGUACGUGUACCUUGUGAUGGAGCUGAUGCGUGGUGGGGAGCUUCUGGACCGCAUCCUCCGGCAGCGGUGCUUCUCAGAGCGUGAGGCCAGCGAUGUGCUGUGCACCAUCACCAAGACCAUGGACUACCUGCAUUCCCAGGGGGUUGUACACCGGGACCUGAAGCCCAGUAACAUUCUGUACAUGGAUGAGUCUGGAAACCCCGAAUCCAUCCGCAUCUGUGACUUUGGCUUUGCCAAGCAGCUGCGCGCCGAGAACGGCCUGCUGAUGACCCCCUGCUAUACAGCAAACUUUGUGGCCCCUGAGGUUCUGAAGCGACAAGGCUAUGAUGCGGCAUGUGAUGUCUGGAGCUUGGGAAUCCUGCUGUACACCAUGCUGGCAGGAUUUACUCCUUUUGCCAAUGGACCCGAUGACACACCUGAGGAGAUCUUGGCAAGGAUUGGCAGUGGGAAGUAUGCCCUCUCUGGGGGGAAUUGGGACUCCAUAUCUGAUGCAGCAAAGGAUGUUGUGUCCAAGAUGCUCCAUGUGGAUCCGCAGCAGCGCCUGACAGCUAUACAAGUGCUGAAGCACCCAUGGAUUGUCAACAGAGAGUUCCUGUCCCAGAACCAGCUAAGCAGACAAGACAUUCACCUGGUGAAGGGCGCAAUGGCAGCCACCUACUUUGCUCUAAACAGGACACCACAGGCCCCACGGCUGGAGCCCGUGCUGUCAUCCAGCCUGGCGCAGCGCAGAGGCAUGAAAAGACUCACGUCCACGAGGUUGUAGCAGUGAGCAGCACCCGGACGCCAGCCCCCGCUGUCCUGCCCGGUGCCCUCUCAGGCUCCUAGGCAUUGGACAUGGCCCCGCUCACAGGCACCAGAAGUGACCACAAGUCCAACCCAAAGGCAGAACUGGCCUUCACUGUCUCUGUGUUUCCUUCUCGGCCCCGAAGAGGGUCCCAUGGUGACCCUCAGAGUCUCGCUGUGCCGAACUUGCCGCCUGCUCUCUCCUUCACUCCUGCACAAAACCAAAUGAAUGCAGUCUCCUCGCAUCACCAUGUCGGAGCCUGGGCUGCUCCCAGGGUCCUGGUCUGUCCAUGUCAUGGUGUGUAGUUAUAGGGAGAGAUUCUGUUCAGCUCUGAAGCCAGUAAUGUGGUCAGACUCCCAACACGGGUGUUCUUAUUACUGUAGGGAGAAGGAUGUCAUGAGGGGUCCUGUCAGGUGACUACAGAGCCCCUCUGAGGGGCUGGAUGCAUCCAGGCCUCUCAGGGUCUUGGUGUCUUGAUAGCCACAUGAAUGGGGUGGCAGGGUCAUUCAGGUUAGAGGCCUAGUCCUGCCCAAAAUCAUCCAAAGAGCUGUCCUCUCACCUCCAGUCGUGAGGUAGGCGCUGGCUGCUUUCUCCUUCCCUCCCCCAACCUGUGAGAGCAGAGGGCCCUGUGGGAGGUGGCCAGCUAGGUCUGUAUUUCACAGCCCCAUCGCACAAGGGUCUGGACGAGCCCUGCAAAGGAAAGGAGUCCAGUGGAACCAGCACCACUCUGUCUAGACUGUCCCUGGAGAGGCUCACCCGAUGUCCCCAGCUCACUGAUGACAGAGAGAGCAGAGCCUCUUUGGGUCUGCACAUGCCUCCAAGGCCAAGGUUUUGCUGUGUUCACUCCCUUCAUCAUUCUGGUCUUCAGAGAAGCUAUGAAGGGUGGAAUGUGUUGUGUUGCCACCUCGCCCAUCCCUACCUCCAUAGGACUGGGGAAAGGAAGGAGACAUCAAUCCCAAUACUCACUCAUGGAGGCAGGAAGGCCAGGCAUGCCAUCAACAGCAGAGAUGCACUUUGUAGAAGCUGUGGUUUAUGUUGCGUUUUGUGUUUCUGUUGCACAGAUGUGUUUUUAAAUCAGCAUUUCAUUUACACUGGUGUGGUGUAUACACAUAAGUGUUACUUGUGGAGUAGAAUGGUGUGAGAACCUUCUUAUGUGGCAGGCUCAGCCAACCCUCAAGGACAUAUGUGUUCUCCAGCCUCCUUUGGGGAUACUGAGGAUGCCCACAGCCAGGCCUAAGCCAGGGGAUCCCCGACCAGGCUGGACAGGGAAUGCUGUCACCUGUGGCUCAUGACCCCUGCUCCUAAUACCACUGAGGAAUAGCCCCCUCUAUAGCCAGUGGUGACUGAGAGGCCCCUGUGGGUCACACCAGGUUUGCACUCAGAAGACCAGGGAUAUUUCAUUUUCCCUCCAUCUUGAUUCACUCUAGAACCCAGUACCACACCCCCUAAGAAGUGCUGAAUUCUGGAAAAUAACUCAUCUUGGUUUAAUAGUUUUCAGAUCUUAAAAUAUAAAUUUGUUUCAUAAGCUUUAAUUAUUCCAUGAGACUAUUUUUUUGAGAGAACUGCAAAAAACUAAAAGGUGAGGGACAGAUUUUGUACCUGUCUUCAGAGGGCCUAUUGGGCACUGCUCAUAUUUUCAGAGUAGAAAAUGCUUUCUCCCAAGGCUAAAGUGAUUUUCCCAAUCACUUCAAGAUUUAGGACUGAAUUAUUUCAUUUCUUAUUAGAAACCUAGGGAAAGGCGAAUAGUACAUAGGUCAUAGAUUUCAUCCUCUAGAAAUGUGCAAAAGUCAUUUAAAUCCUCUGCUUGCUACACAGGCAUAGAUUUUCCCGUCAGCUGCUCACAGCCUUGGCUGUAGUUGGUUGGUUCACUUCCAGCCAUGAAUUCUGAUGCAGGGGCAAGGACCAGGGAAGUGAAGCAGAGCACAUCACCGAGAAAGCAGCAUUGCACAGUAUCUGUGGGCUUCUACAGCCCAUACACCAUCUCCUUCAGUAAUGCCCGCUUAACAUGCCUCAUGGUCUGAGCCACAAACAUGCCGAAAGGAUGGAGGUGACCAUCGCCCAACUGUCCUUGACGUGUAUGUGAUGAGAGUCUGUAAAAUACCUUUAUUUUCCUGCCCUUCCUUAGAGAACAGUGAUACUUGAAGUUCCCCGUAGAAAAUCAGCAUAAAGGGGUUAUGGAUGGAAGUCUUUUAAUUCAGUUUCUAAAAGUCUUACAGGAAACAGCAGGUGAUUGCAGUUUAUAAGCAGUAGGGAGUGCGUGACUGUGGGUAGCAUUAGUGUUUAUCUCCCCAUCCAGUGAACACCCCUGUCCAUCACAAAAGGCUCCACAUGCUUUGCACAGAUGAUAUAGACAUCUCAGGAAGUUCAGUGUCCUCCCUGCUCACAGAGAGUCAUAGCCCCUUGGGAUCAUAAGACCAUAGAAUUUCUCAUGAGAAAACCCAAUUUCCAUCCCAGGCUUCCUAACCCAGUGCUGAGUGGCCCUGUCCAGGCCCCUCCUAGGGCCAUUCUGCCUAUCAAACCCCCAGUUUGGGAAGAAUACCCAAUUCACCCCACUGGUGGGAGGGCUUUGCAGGAUUCCAACCCCAAAGUCAAAUGUGGGUGAGACAUUAGGAUUUCAAUUUGAUCCUAAGGUCAGAUUUGUGCAAGAUUUUAAACUAGCCCUGUGUGUGCUGUUUGGAAUAUUGUUCCUGAGUGAUAGUAGUACUUAAUGUUAGCCAGUAUUGUGCGGUAAAUGGUGUUAUUUCUGAAAAUGCACAUGGGAUUUUUACUUAUGCUUUACCAAUUCUAUCAAGCACAGGAUAAAAUUUGUUUCAGGCUUCCGUCUCUGACAUGUUCAGCUGCCCCACACCUUUCAGAAGUUGUAAAACUUCCAGACUGGGAGAGGAUGCUACAAGUCCCUGAGUGGUAGGGAGAGGUGUACGGUGUAACUCAGGGUGGUUUCAGAGCUUAGGAGGGGACUCCACACACAUCCUGGUUGCCCUGCCCCAUGCGCUGCUCUGUCUGCUCCUCUGACUUGGCACUUUGUUUACAAGCUCAGCAGUUGUGUUUACAGACCAUUUUCAUGUUCGCGCUUUAUAUAUUUCAUGUUUGAGACGGGCGGCCACUGUACAGAUAUUUAUUAUGCUUUCCAGACUUUCGGAAUAGAUUUUUUUGAAUAAACAUGGAUUUUAUGAAGUGUAA